AUGGCUGAAUGGAAGAGACUGCCCUCCGUGGUUCUCCUCGAACUCUGCGACGCUAUACAGCCGAGCUAUGUCGUCCAAGAUCUCUUCACAACCACCACCACCGACGCAGAGCUCUCGUCUCGUCUUCAGUCCCAAUGGCUCACCGCUUUUCAUCUCUCGUUGGUAUGCACGAGAUUCCGCGAGGUCAUCACCCCGGUCUUGUACCAUCGCAUCAGCAUCCACGGCGGCAGAACCGCCUUGAAGCUCGCCUCGCUCCUGCGCUUCCUCGUCAAGCACCCGAACCUUGCCUCGGGAGUCAGGCAGCUGAUCCUCAAUCUCGAGGUUCCCGACGCCGGGUUUAUUAGGCUUUCCUCUGAUGACUUUGAUGGAAUCCUUGCUGCUGCAAGGGGAUCGCAGAUCCCUGUGCCUCAAAACCUGGACCCUGUCCCAGGCAACAGCAACAACAGAAUAGCUCAGAAACAAAGCCAAUUUGGCUUUGACUGUGCCUCCAUCAGAUACCUCCUUGAAAUUAGCCUUUAUCACAUGAGGGGCCUCAGGGAGUUGGGUCUUGCACAGCCAUGGCCUUUGUUCACGUCCCACCUGAGCGCGCUGCCGACCACCUUCAACCAUGAAGUUGAAGGCAUGGACCGCAGGGUGUUGAGCGAGAAUGCAAAGUACUCCAAGGAAAUCAGCAGCGAGCGCAGCGCCCUCUUCACACUGCCUCAUCUUACUUCCUUUGCAGUCCGACCUUCCUACUGCCCACUGAUUGCUGGCUUGGACUUUCAGGCCUGCGCCACCACUGUUGGGUUGGGACCGAACAUCACACGCCUCUACCUCUCCACUGACUGGGUUCAGAUGAAUGGAAGUGUACCCUCUCGGUCCCUCGAAUCGGUCACUGACUUGACCCUCGACAAGAUGUCCCUGGUUCCAGAUGACUUUGCCUCCAUUGUCGAAAGCUGCGGCUCUCUGGAGACCUUCAAAUACCUGCCCGCGAGAGACGGCCCCCCCGGCAACUUUCUCGAGAUCGAGUUUCCUGUGCUCACAUACCUGCUCCGGCACCACGACACCACAGCCAACACCCUGCGAACUCUCUGCAUCACGGUCCACCAAGUCGCGGGUUACACCUACAGCCACACCGAGACCUUUCUCAGGUUCCCCAAUCUCGAAAACCUCUGGAUCGAAGUCUGGGACCUUCGGAGCCAGAGAGACGACGACGCGCAGUACCAAGGCCACGCCUUGUACAGAAUUCUGACGACCCUGCCUCGUUCCAUCCGCCGCAUUCAUCUGAAGGGCGCCUUGUCCCAGCUUUCAACCGACCUUGUCUUCCUCGCUCAGAACACCUGGAAGUACCCCCAGCUCCGCGUCGUCGAGAUCGAAGCCAGACACACUGAUGAGCCAGACGAUGUGGGAGACGAAGAGCGCUCAGAUGGUGAGACGGACCAUGAGGGAUCCGACGAGGGUAACAAAGAAGAUGACUCGGACGGCAAGAUGGACUAG